AUGGUGCUCUCAGUCAAAAGAGGAUCAUCUGUGAAUACAGAUUUUGAUAAGGAAAACAACCCUGUUUCGUCACUUUCGUUUCCGUCCCGCAAAAAGCACUGCCCACUAUCCUCGAAUAAAGGCAGUUUGCUCUACAUCCGUAGUUGCCAAAACUCAUCGAGUGAAGACGAGUCCUCUGAAGAUGAAGCUUCGCGAAAGCCCACAACUCUCAAAGAUAGAAAUAGGCUAAGAAAUAAAAGGAGGAGUCACAGAGAGCUUCUGAGAAAUUCUCUGUCAUCAGCAAUGAUGGACUCAAAGUUGUCAAAAGCUGUUAGUCAAUACAGUGACGACGAGCAAGAAGAGAAUUGCGAUAAAAAGGAGGAUUUAUCUGAGAAUGCGGCCGGCCACAGUUCCUUCAGUAGAAGAAGCUCGGCAGUGUCCUCUCCUCUCAAUGUGACACAGUCGCCAUCCCUCGAUAUGAGUCCAAAGUCAAGGCGUUGUCUUCCAGACUCUGAUUUCGCAGCAAGAAGUCGUUGUUUUGAGUAUCUCGUGGGGGCUAUUGAUGAAGCUUGGGCAAGAUAUUGUGAUGCCACUGCAGUUGAUGAGGAUGAAGUGUACGGAUUUGACGGGGGAAGUGGUAUUCCGCAAACCCCUACCUCGAUUGCAAUUACAUCUGACGAAGAAGAAGGUUAUAAAUCAGAAAUUUCCACGAAUACAAAUAUCACGGAAUAUGAAAGCGAUUAUCCUGCGGAGGUUCCAAAACCAACAACUCGUCGCGUAUCCGAAGUUCCUGAAAAUGUUCGUUUGCAGCAACUGAAGGAUAGACUCAUCAAAACAAAGUAUUAUCUUCAGGACUUCGUUGACUCGGAUGAUAUCAACGAGUGUUUGCUUUUUUGGAAAAAGUGGGAUCUAAUCAAAUAUGCUACCAUUGAGUUGGUGGAAGAUGACGAUGACGAUGAGGUCAUUGAGUCUACUAUCGACGAACUCGAGAGUGGACGGUAUGCUUCUUCCAUCGGUGCAUAA